GAAUCAACUUACUUUCUCUUUCGAUUUGCGCGAAUCUGUUCGUUGUGGUCCGAUGUGUCUGGAGGCAGCUGUUUUGAUGUCAUAUAAAACGUAAAUUCCAGUUCAUUCGUCGAUUGAAUACCAUCCGAGGUGUUGUAGGACUUCCCAAGUUCCCAGACUGUCGGCAGAAUCUCUCAGCUCAAACCCGUCGGACUUCCCAGCAAUCUCCGGUUGGUUCCGUCGCGGCCCUCCCUCCAUAGGCCCUGCUGCUUCCACGACCGCCGACAUGUCGGACUCGUCGGACAUGGCGCGCAACCCCUUCGCCGCCCUGUUUCCGUCCAUGGUGGACGUGCAAGCCUUCGUCCAGAGCGGGGCGGAGACGGCCCCGCGAGACUUCCCGCCGCUGCCGGUGACGGAGAAGGCCCUGGCCACGCAGGACAUAGACGCCAAUGGGGUCCCGGUCCUCAUCGGUCACGUAGACGACGCCACGUCCGACGACCUGGCGUCGCUGCUCGAAGAGAUCUUCAGGGUCACCACCUCUGACUGCAAUGAUGCCAAGACAUCCAAGGGUCCCCCGCACUGUGUGCUACUGCCAACUUUCAAGGAUUCCAAGAAAUGUCUCGACCUGAACACCCUUAAUGAGCUGGUCUUCGAGCGGCUUGUGUUGGACGACCCCCAGAACCACGUGGUCAGCAAGAGCAAGUAUGCCGACCAGCAGGCUCUGGCUGAUGCCGGAGAAACCAGAGUGGUCUUCUACCUCUACCAGUGCUUCUCGAGGCUCAACAAGUUUGCCGCCAAGCUGGAGAAUGAAGAUUACGAAACUAUCGAGAAGACGAUUGUGUCGCAGGCGUCGACUUGCCUUUGCCACUGUGAAAUCUACCCUGGUAAAAAGAUACCGCAGCAGGUCUUCUACCUACUCCAGGAGUAUCACGCUGAAGGAGGUCACCAAGACAGCCUGGAGUCUUUUCUGAAGAAAUGCGCAGACUGUAUCAAGGGCCGCUUUGAUGCAGAGGAAGAGCAGGUUUCUCUGCUUGAAGUGCUCUCGCAUUCCUUCAACUUGCUCAAGAAGAAAUUCGGCAAGGUGUCCAUCGCCAACCGGGAACUGUUUGUGCUUAUCGACAUCCUCAAGUACUUCACCAAAUCUGUUUCCAUGGCAAUGGCACUCCUAGACUUCAGCACGCCUGCAGAGCUGGUUGACCUACGCAGUUUCCAAGAGAGCCUGCUCGGUGCCCCCCUGUGCGUGUCCUGCCUGCCACGCAAGGAAGCCGACCCCUUCGAGUUCUUCGAGAAGCCCUCUCAGGCGCUGAUGAACGAGCAUGCCAUCACCGAGAGCAAUCUGUGGCUGCCGCUGAAAGGUCUCGCAGUGGAGCUGCACAACCUGUUUUAUUCCCUGCUUCGGCUUUCACCAGAGACACGCAACAGGACCCUGACAUGGAUAGGACACUGCAUCACUGCAUGUUCAGAGCGGGGCAAACUGUGGAACAACCAGGUGUCUGAGCUGUUCAUGGCGGUGCAAUCCGGCGACGGCUUUGCCCUGAACCUGGGGGCGGUGCUGCUGCGGCUGGCGCGGCCCUUCUCGGAGCCCUACUCUCCCAAGCUGCUCAAGGUGCAGCACCAGUACUGCUCCUUCGAGCCAAAGUCGGAGCAGGAAGCCAAUGCCAGUUGCAUGCACAUCAGGGGGCUGUCCAAGGAGACGUGCCUGGUGCCGAGGGAGGAGGGUGCGGCCAGCGAGUCCCCUUGCGGCCCCUUCAACUUCUCGACGGAGUGCUUCUUUGCCUGCCAACGGAUCCUGAGCCUGGGCUUCCGGGUGGUGCACGAACGGCUGGCCCGGCUCAGCCAGGACCUGAACCGGGUGCGCAGGGUCUACGAGGAGGCGCGCUCACAGGGCGGGGACAGCUCGGAGGUCACCCGCAGGCUGCAGGACAACAUGGAGAAGGGCAUGACUCGGUUCCUGUCCCUGAAGGCAGUGCUCUUGGAGCCGGACUCCCUGGAGCACAUGUUGCAGUUCCACGUGGCUUGCGCCACCUGGCUGUGCCACCUGGCCACGGCCGAGAGGCUGGACGCCUUCCAGCCCCUGUGCCUGCCUUUCCCCGAGCACGGCAACGCCAGGCUUGCCUAUGUUCCGGAGUUUGUCAUUGAGAACAUCUGCGACUGCAUUGUGUUUGUCAAGCGCUUCAGCGAAAAAAGUCUGGCGCUCGUGGGCACAAACUUGGAGCACCUGAUGACGCUGAUACUGCUGUUCAUGGGCAGCCCCCAGAGAAUGAACAACCCGCACCUAAGAGCCAGGAUGGCAGAGAUGUUGGAGGUGCUCAUCACCUCUGCCGAUGACGACCACUUCAGCGGCAUAAUUCCCUCCAUGAACAGGGAGCGACUGUUCCGGAACCACCCAUUUGUAGCGGAGCUGCCUUCUACGCUGCUUCACGUCUUUGUGAGCAUCGAGAUGACGGGCCAGAGCGUCACCUUUGAGCAGAAGUUCCACUACCGCCGUCCCAUGUACAUUGUGUUGGACCACCUGUGGAACAUGCCUGACCAUCGGAACAAGAUGAAGAGUCUGGCAGCUGAAGCUGAGGCCAACAUAGAAUGUUCCAGUCCUCCACUUUUCCUGAGAUUCAUUAACCUUCUCAUCAAUGAUGCCAUUUUUCUCUUGGACGAAGCCCUUUCGUACAUGAGCCGCCUGCGCGAGCUGCAGCAGGAACGCCAGCAGCAGCAGCCUCUGGGGGGCCCUUUGUGGAGCCAGGGGGAGGCAAACAUGCAGCACGUGGGCAUGCUGGCCCACUUCCACAACGUCAUGGGCACCGAGACCAUCCGCACCCUGGCCUGGCUCACCACCGAGAUCAAGUCGCUCUUCUGCCAUCCUACCAUGGUGGACCGCAUCGCAACCAUGCUGAACUACUUCCUACUCCACCUGGUUGGACCCCAGAAGAAGAACCUGAAGGUGAAGGACUUCAGCGAGUAUGAGUUUAAGCCUCAGGAGCUGGUGCAGAACAUCUGCAGGAUCUACACCAACCUGGGCUGUGCCAACUCCGAGACCGCGCAGGCAUUCUGCGUGGCCGUGUCCAGGGACGGCAGGUCAUACAGGUGGGUCGAGCAUAAACCCGUGGGGGCCACAGAAGCCGCAGAGGCUGCAGCAGCCAUCUUGCCGUCUUUUACUUGUUUCUUCUCUUUUCUCAGCCCUGAACUGUUCCCCCAAGCACAGAGCGUCCUCUUGAAAAUAGGCCAGAGCAUUCUAUCCAUUGGAGUCGGUGAACUAGCAGAAAAAAUUCUGAAAGCGGCGUCGCAUCAGAAGCAAGAGGAUGAAGCUAUUGGAGAUGCGCCUGAAGAGUUCCUGGACCCAAUCAUGAGUACCAUCAUGAACGACCCGGUGGUCCUGCCGAGUUCUGGCAUCACCCUGGACCGUUCCACCAUAGCAAGACAUCUGCUCAGUGACCAGACUGACCCUUUCAACCGGUCUCCCCUGACAAUGGAGAUGGUGACCUCGGACAACGACCUCAAGAACAAGAUCCUGGAGUGGAGAGCAAAACGAAUGACCAAUUGAUCCGAAGCUGGUAGCGUUGUUUGUUGUUCAUAGGCUCUAUUUUCUUGUUACUUGGAUGCAGAGGCUGUACAUACCUAGCGGAGCAAUAAAUCUGUUUCUUUUUCUCAG